AUGGAGGAGCUUGAGGUUCUAAACCGGCUCUGUAAAGAGCUCGGUGAGAGCAUGGAUCCAGCGAUAAGGGCCCGAGCCGAGCAGAACCUUGCUGAACUGGUCGAUUCACCACAGUGUCUUCGUCGUUGUAUGCUUCUACUGGAACGUGGCGAUUUGCCGUAUGGGCCAGUCGUCGCCAGCAACACCUUGAUGAAGCUACUGAACUCGAAAACUGGUAUCCUCGUUGAGCAGAAACUGGAAUUGAGUAGAUAUAUCUUGAAUUUGCUUGGAACUCGAUCUGGUUCCCUUCCACCGUUCAUAGUUUCAUCGUUGUGUCAGUUAUUCGCAAGAAUAACAAAACAAGAAUGGACAUACACGGAUAGCAACGACCAACAUGUUUUUCAUGCUCCAAUCUCUGACCUGAUCGCCACAAUAGACAUCAAUGGCGGAAAUCAAAGUAUGCUCGCGCUCCAACUUCUUUCUACAUUGCUCAACGAUUUCAAUUCGCAAUCAGGAAUGGAAUCAGUGAACAAACAUCGCAAGGGUAUCGCUCUGUUCCGCGAUUCCCACAUUUUUGAGAUUUUUGAAACAUCAGUAUCUCUUCUGGAGGCUAUUUCGCGCAAGGAUCUUGCUUCCCUGCAGAUGCCGUUUGUUCUUGCCGUUCUCGAUCUCUGUUUGAAUACAUUGCUCUUCGACUUCAUCGGAAGCCUUUCGGACGAAACCAGCGAAGAUAAUUAUACUGUUCAAGUGCCCACAAUCUGGCGAACUGCUUUCACUGAUGGUAAAUUAGUUGAUCUCAUCUUCCAGCUUUAUAUCAAACUUCCUAGUGUUGCUUCUGACAAGAUUUUGCACAUUGGUGUCCAACUAGCCAGUGUUCGCAGAACUCUAUUCAACGGUAGUGAACGCCAGACUUAUCUCGAGCAUGUGGUAGCGGGAGUGAAACGAGUAAUAGAGAACCCUGAGAAACUUACAGAGCAGCCUGCGUUUCACGAGUUCUGCAGGAUGGUAUCUCGUUUGAAGACCAAUUUUCAACUGUGUGAACUAAUCAAAGUGCCUGAUUAUGCUGCAGUUAUGCGUCUUCUCGCACAGUUCACUGUGGAAAGUCUGAGGAUGAUGGACCUCUCCGCCACCAGCACUUUAUUUUUUUGGUGA